CAUAUCGCGUCGUAUAUAAGGCGUCGAGCAGGACGCUCGCAGCAUUCAGGCAACAGGUGGUGGAGACGAAGGAAGCAUGCAGUCCUCAACGCGGUACGUGCUGUCAAUCAUCCUGCUGUCAACAGUGGUCGGGAGUUCAUACCAUAGCAGCACGAAGCUUCGUCGCGACGGGGUACUGAACCUGUACCCCUUCCCGAGGGUGGGACGCGCCAACCCUCGCACCUGGGAGAUCAGCGACAUGCUCCUAAAUCAAACUCCACUAAAGCGCCAGCUUUACGCAUUCCCACGCGUGGGUAGGAGUGGUGGACUGGAGACCAUGUCACCACAACUUGAGGAACUGUUGUUUGGAAGACGCAAUCCUUUCGUUAAGCGACAAAGCUUGGAGCAGAUGGAACAGAUGGAGAGCAAGGACACGCCGGGAAUGUGGUUCGGACCGAGACUAGGCCGGGGCUUCAGGAGUGAGGAUGAUGUUUCUCAAAAUGACAUGGAAAAGAGUGAACCGGAGCAAUCAGAGACUAACAUGGACCGCGAGAAACGACAAACGAAUCAUUAGUCAUCUAAUAGAGUCAUUUCACCCCCUUUCCCUUCCACUUGACUGAAACGACCUUCUAUGCACCCAACUUUAUAUUUACUAUAGGAACCUUAAUAGAUAAUAAUGAAAAGUAUCAUUAUUUAGGUACUUUAAGUUUCUAAUUUUUGAAAAUGAUUUGAUUUUAAUUGUUAUUGUAUCUACAGUUACUCAUAGACACGUUUGUGUUUGAAAGUGAAGGAGCGUAAGCAAAACAAGAAUAUGUUUAUUUUAUGUCUGGUUGCUAAAAUAAAGCAAAUAAACGCUGACUCGGAAAUAGAUUUUUUUUUAUUGUAGAAGACUAAAAUUAUUUUUGAACAAUAAUUUUCUAUUGUGCUGACGUUACUUUAACUUACACACAUAGGCAGUGAUAACAAACAUACACUCAAGCAAAUUUUUCGCCUUUAUGUUAGUGUGAUAGAUGAUCAAUUUUUUUUCUCUCUACUACCAUUAUUUUUCUCUCCACUACCUAUAAUUCAUAAUUAUUACGCCAAAAUUAUAUAACCUGUAUAUUUUUAAAUGGUUCCUUGAAGUUCGAAUAAAGUCAAUUUUUGUAGAUAAUUUUGAAAAAUUUGUCUCGUUCAAUGAAUUAUACCGCAAAUGUAUUUAAUUUAGGAAUUUAAGAAUUUGUAGAUAAUAAAUUAAUAUUUUGUGUAGAUUAAAUACAUAAUACUUAUUGUUUUAGAUAUUAAAUAAAAUGCAAAAAUUAUUUCUGAGGCUGGGUGGAUUUUGUUUAAAAUCGAAAAUCCACGGAGUAAUUUGAGCAUUUUCGACGUAUUAAAUUUUAAUUUCUGGUUAUUAAAUGUAAUUGAUAUUUUAAAAUAAAAUUAUGCAACAUUAUAAUGUGUUUAAUUUGUUACACU